UAUAGUUUUGAGGGUCAUGCGGUAUAUUAUAACGACUCAUCCGCGGUCACACUGUUUAGGUGUCUCAAAUCGAUUUUUUAAAACUCAAAAAUACUCAAAUUCAGCACUGAAAACCGAAUAAAAUGGACGCAUUACAAGACGAGGUGGAAUCGCUGGAGGCAAUUCUAAUGGAGGAUGUUUGCAUCAAGCGCACUGCCAGCGGCGACGUGGACCUAAUCGAAACGACAGUUCUUCCGCUGACUGGAGAAGAGUCCGAGCAGCAGUACGUAUGUGUUACGCUGCAGGUUCAGCCGACGCCGGGUUACCCAGACGCCAGUCCCACAUUUAAACUGCUUCGACCCCGGGGGCUAGACGACGCUCGCUUGGAGGCCAUACGCACCGCCUGCAAUGUCAAGAUCAAGGAAUCGUUGGGCUUUCCCGUCGUCUUUGACCUGAUUGAGGUGGUGAGGGAGCAUCUGACUGGCAGCAACCUGCCCAGCGGACAGUGCGUUGUCUGCCUGUAUGGAUUCGCCGAGGGAGACGAGUUCACUCGAACCGAGUGCUUUCACUACCUGCACAGCUACUGCCUAGCCAGGCACUUGAAUGCACUGCGGCGCAACUACCAGGAGGAGUUUGAGAAGCUGCCCGCCUGGCUGCAGAAGACGGCCGAUCCCUUCCAGGCUUUGUGCCCCGUUUGUCGGGAACACAUCAGCGAUGAGUCAGACAGUCUGAAGUGCGCCAUGCCGCCCUCAGAGCUUAUCAACGCUCCCGAGUUCAAAGUGACCCAGGAGCUUAGAGAAAUGCAGCAGCGCAUGUCACAGCUGUAUCUGCAGCAAAAGAGUCGUGGGGCCAUCAUUGAUGUAAAGGCCGAUAGUGCUGCUGUCAUUUCCAUUGAGACGGAGGAGGAUGUACGGCGUCGUCGUCGUCGUGAAGAGGCGGAGGCCGCUAGGAAGUUGGAGGGACCAGCCAAGGACGAAGCCACAAAACCCACAAGCAGCUCUACUUUUGCACCCGUUGUGCAGGAGACGCAUCGUGUCAUGACAGAGCCGACAAACAACAACUAUCAGCAUCAUAAUCGUCGUCACUAUCGCGGCAACAGGCGCCAUCAGCACCAUGGACACCACCAUCGUGCCGACCGCGAUCGCGAGCCAAACCCGGCCGCAACUGGAGGCACUUCGGGCGCAAGCAGUGCCGCAACUACAGGGACAGGAAAGCAGGCAAAGGCUCAGUCUGCCUGCUCUGGCCCUACCAGGUGACAAUGGCUUCCAGAACUGAUGCGGCUCCGGAUACCCAUUGCGUUGCCAUGCUGCUAAUACACAAUCCAGCACCAUCCCAGACAGAGCAGAUUCUUUUAAGUUUCGUUUCGUGAGGCGCACUCGUUUCUGUGAAUGUUUUUUUUGUCGUAUUUAUGUUUAGUUAGCUUUAGCGAACCGGGUUAGCUAAUUUUCUAUUAACAUUGAUAUUUAGUUGUAUAUUAACUAUAAUGAUAUUUGUAAUGGUUUGCAAAAGACUUGCGGCACCAUGCCGAGACGAUAUUACGAUUACGAUUAUGAGAAUGAGGAUGAGGAUGACUAGGUUUGAUAGCUAGAGAGUAAAGCAAGCAUGUAUUUAGCAGCACCACUGGCAGCGCUGGCGUUGACGAAGCACUCCAUACCAUACGAUACGAUCCGAUACACACGACAGACACGAUGGCCAAGAAGACACUGAUAUUGAUAUUGAUAUUACCAUACGCAUCGCAUAAUCUGCAGUUGCUCUCAAUGUUUAGCAUAAAUAUUUAUCUCCCCCUUCCCCCUAUCUAGCAGUCGCUAGCAUCAUAAAUACUUGAAGUUGGAACCAACCACGAACCCCCAUCUAGUCAGUCAGCAAAAGGAAGGGAAGUUAGAUGUCAGAUGAGGCCCGAGACCGUGACAGAGACAGUGAAAUGCACUGUGCAUGCAUGCACAAAUUAAAUGUUGUAAUUUAUUGAGUGUUUGUGUAGAUAAAAAGACCUGUACAUCCGACAUCCGCAUGGAUCGACGAAGGUUAUACUCGUGUACAGUCAUACUCGGGUAUCGAAAAUUCAAUUUCAAUGUGUCAAAUAAAUAAUACGAUUGGGAACCAUAACGAAUAAAAUCAACUACCUAAAUCAUGGAAUAA